UUUUCACAGCUGGUGAUGGCGGAUGUUGUCGAGAUAGACACCAUGAAGAAUUAUCACAUAGCUUUUGAGAAGAUAGACCCAGACACGAGUCGUUAUCCGUACUGUAUUGUGUGGACGCCUAUACCUGUAUUAUCGUGGCUGUUUCCAUUCAUCGGACACAUGGGAAUAUGCACCUCCACUGGAGUUAUCAGAGACUUUGCUGGGCCUUAUUUUGUCUCAGAAGACAACAUGGCCUUUGGAAGACCAACAAAAUACUGGAUGCUGGAUGUAAGUAAGGUGUAUGCCAGUGGCUCUAACGCCUGGGAUACAGCAGUGCACGAUGCCUCAGAGGAGUACAAACACAGAAUGCACAACCUUUGUUGUGACAACUGUCACUCUCACGUUGCCAUGGCACUCAACUUAAUGCGCUAUGACAACAGCACCUCAUGGAACAUGGUUAACCUCUGUCUGCUGUCGCUCAUAUACGGCAAACAUGUGAGCUGUGCAGGGUUCCUGAAGACCUGGUUACCCUUUUUAAUACUGACAGGCACCGUGCUAACAGUGGCUCUCACUCUCAACCUGCGGUGACCCUGCAGGAGCGGAGACACGGAGAGAGAGAGAGAGAGAGGGAGAGAAAUGUGCUGGGACAGGUGCUUCCUGCGAUAGGUGGACUAGAUAUCCAGGUUGCUCCAAAUGUGACUCCAAUGACUGCUUGUUGGAACU